UUCCAGACGCAUGGAGGGUCAGGGAAGAAGAACGAGCUCAGGCGGAGGCUGAUAAAGCGCUCAGUAGUCACAGGUGGUGGUCGUCGGCAUAAGGAACUGGAGAACCGUAUCAGAACAAAUCAUGAAGAACGAAGGCAUAGAGGGGACGGAAAAGUUUCUGAGCCCGGGUAAAGGGAGUGGGCUGCGGGCGGUGAGGGACUUCGCGGUGGGGGAGCUGGUGUUCGCGUGUCCUGCCUACUCCUACGUGCUGACCGUGAAUGAGAGGGGAGCGCACUGUGAGCACUGCUUCACCAGGAGAGAAGACCUUUUUAAGUGUGGUAAAUGUAAGCAGGCCUACUACUGCAAUGUUGACUGUCAGAGAGGGGAUUGGCCCAUGCACAAGCUGGAGUGUGUAGCAAUGUGUUCCUAUGGGGAAAACUGGUGUCCAUCAGAAACAGUCAGACUGGUGGCAAGAAUGAUCAUGAAACAGAGAGUCACAACAGAGCGAACUCCCUCAGAAAGGCUGCUACUGCUUAAAGAGUUUGAAUCCCAUUUGGAUAAGAUGGACAGUGAAAAGGAGGAGAUGAACCAGGCAGACAUACUAGCGCUGCAUCACUUCUACUCCAAACACAUCAGUGACCUUCCUGACGAGCAGGCUCUCACAGAGCUAUUUGCACAGGUUAAUUGCAAUGGUUUUACCAUAGAGGAUGAAGAACUCUCACAUCUGGGAUCAGCUGUUUUUCCUGAUGUAGCACUGAUGAAUCAUAGCUGUAGUCCCAAUGUCAUAGUGACCUAUAAAGGCACAGUAGCUGAGGUCAGAGCUGUUAAAGAGAUAAACUCUGGAGAGGAGAUAUUUAACAGUUACAUAGACCUGCUCUACCCUACAGAGGACAGGAAGGAGAGGUUGUUAGAUUCCUAUUUCUUCACAUGCCAGUGUACAGAGUGCACCACCAGGUCUAAGGACAAGGCAAAAAUGGAGAUCAGGAAGCUGAAUCCUCCGCCAGAGCCAGAGGAAAUCCGGUCCAUGGUCCAUUAUGCCAGAAAUGUCAUCGAAGAAUUCAGGCGUGCCAAACACUACAAAACCCCCAGUGAGCUGCUAGAAAUGUGUGAGCUCAGCCUGGAGAAGAUGGGAGCUAUAUUUGCAGACACAAAUGUCUACAUGCUGCACAUGAUGUAUCAGGCCAUGGGUGUUUGUCUGUACAUGCAGGACUGGGAUGGCGCUAUGAGCUAUGGAGAGAAGAUCAUUCAACCAUACAGUGUUCACUAUCCAGCCUACUCUCUGAACGUGGCUUCUAUGUACCUGAAACUGGGCCGUCUGUAUUUGGGGCUUGAGAAGAAGACACAAGGAGUCAAAGCUCUGAAGAAGGCUCUUGCAAUCAUGGAGGUGGCUCAUGGAAAAGAUCACCAUUAUGUAGCUGAAGUCAAACGAGAAAUCGAGGAGCAGAAGUAAAUAAAGUUCAGCUGAAGGAGCAAAAAGAAUAACAAAAGGGUCUGCAAUGAGGAACCUCUCCAAAAGCAUUACCAACAGCAAAAUACAUGGCAUGCAUUAUUUACCUCUUUUUUUUGUAAACAUUUUUCUUCCUUCUGGGUUUUUUGUUUGUUUUUUCUGCUUCUCUGUGGGCAGAGUUUCUUUGACAUGUCUACUCUCAUCACAUGGUGGAUGAGGGCCACAUUUUGUAUCUAUAGGCACCUACUUCCUGUCAGACCUGGACAACAAAAGGAGGCAAAUUAGCGUUACGUUGUUUGAAUGGGUGGAGUGUAUCUGAUAUAUUUCUCAUUCAGACUUGAACUACAUUUUAAAAUGUUGGCUUCUUUUCGUACAUUGAUUUAAAAAAAAAAAAAAAAAAAAAAAAAAAAAAUCCCAUCAGUGGGAAGAUGCUUUUGUUUUGUUUUGUUUUUUUAAAUACCACCUUUCUGAAAAAACAAAGCUUUCAUGUGAAUGCUCUCUUUUCUGAAGCCAAAUUUUUUGCCCUUUUCCUGGUGAGUCUGAAUCAUUCACUGUGUUUAGUGGACCCAUCGACAGUCUGUUUACUGUCCUCUUUGUCUUUGGCAGCAGUUUUGGCUGCACAGCGUUACACCAGGGCAGAUGUUCAUGAUUUUAAAAUUCUGUACAAACUAAUGAGCAGUUGUUGUUCAGUUGAUGUAUUUUUAAUUCUCAGAUAUUCUGGCUUCUUUCAUGUUUAAACUGUGAAACAUGUCUGACCAUGCGUUAUUUACUCGGUAGCACCAGAGAGGUGAAUGCAACAAACUAUUCCUGAAUGAAUAACAAAUAAUUUUAAUGGGUUGUCUUGCAGUAUGUUUUGCUUGUUUAAAAGAAGCAGGAAGUGUUGCAUGUUUGACUGUUGAUAUUUUUGCUUUUUUUUUUUUUCCCCUCACAAGAGGCUUGUUGACCACAGGUUAAACCAGCUAUUCUGUCUGUUCAGUGUAUCAUUAAAUAGGGGUGCUGAUAUGUGACCAGUUUACCUCUUAAGUCACAGUGAAGACAUUAGUACUAUGAUCCUGGAUCAGAGCCCUUUGCUCUCAGGAAUAAAAGAGGGCAGCACAGUAGCUUUUGUUGCCUUUUUGUCAAGAGAUGAAUUGUUGUACUUUGGUGUGGGUUUUUCUGUUCUUUCCAGAAGCAGCAUGGCUCCAGAUUAUCAUUACCCUGGAAAUAAAGUCACCUAUAAAUUUGUAGGAAGAAGUUAAAAUACACUAUAAGAUAAUGGGGUGUAUAGCUUUUACAGUGAUGAUAAUCAAGUAGAGGGUGUUGUCCUUAAUUUUUUAGAUUUUAUAGGCAAGAAUUGGUCUAAUAUUUCUUAAAAAGGGAAGUGGAUCUCCCUUUAAUCUUUUUUAUUUUUUUUAAUUUAUGCACACUUGUAAGCUAAAUAAUAGCUAAUUUAAACAAUAGUUCAAAACAUUGUAACCACAAUCUUUAGCAAGAAUGGAUCUUAAAAACAUCUGAGAGUUUUAAACAAUAGUUUGAGUUUAACAGACCCCAAUAAUCAUUUGUGGGAGCAGUUCUAGAUCAUAAAACUGUAGUUCUGCUUUAGAUUUGACUAGAAUUUAUAGUAAUACCAGAUGGCUGUACUUACUGUUGUUGCUGGGAGGGAGGCUUUAAGAAAAAAAAAAAAAAAAAGCAAUGCAAGGGCCUUGCACUCAGAUUUUGUAUUGUUUUUGUGACAAAAUGAUGUCAAAUGGCAAAAAUGUAAGCACAUUUUAUUUCAUUUAAGCAGUGUCUACAAGUGGAUGCUUGGUCUUGCUGUGGGCUUCAUUUUGCACUGCCAGAAGUCACAGAUUGAGUUCUGUUGUUUAAAUGCAUGUAGCUUCCCUUCAUCUUGUUUACUAUGGAAACAGUUUAAUACUCAAUACUGGCAUACUGACAGCUGGAAAUAUCCAAUUUUGAAGGUCAUUUUUGUAGCAACCUGUGCAUAUGUGACUCUUUGUCACCUGCAAAAAUGCAACUAAAAGGUGCCUGCCUUACAGUUUUGCCUUGGUAAACCAAAAGCACCAUUUGAAUAACUUCACAUGUUCAUUUUUGUUCAUUUCCGCUAAAAAAAAAAAAAAA